AUGCAGUCGGCCCACGAGUACGGCGCGACCCUCCACCCCGUCACUGCCGCCACCGUCUUCGGCGCCUAUGUGGGCGAGUCCGAGCGCCGCCUGCGCGACGCCUUCGAGGCAGCUUCCUCCGACGCAGCUGCCGGGAAGCUGGCGGUCGUCUUCUUGGAUGAGGUGGACGCCCUGUGCCCCAGGAGGGAGGGGAAGCAGCAGCAUGAGUCACGCGUCGUUGCGCAGCUGCUGACGCUGCUGGACGGCGCCGGCGGAAGCAGCGGCGGUUCGACGGGGCGCGGAGGCGGCGGCGGCGGCGGGGGCGGCGGCAAGCAGGGGCGGGUGGUGGUGGUCGCGGCGACGAACCGGCCGAACGCGCUGGAUCCGGCGCUGAGGCGGCCGGGGCGGCUUGAUAGGGAGGUGGCGGUGCCGGUGCCGGGGCCGGCGGAGCGGGCGGCAAUCCUGAGGCUCCACGCCGCCGGCCUGCAGCUGGCCGCUGACGUGGACCUUGCUGCCGUCGCCGCCGCCUGCCACGGCUACUCGGGUGCUGAUCUGGCGGCACUGGCGCGGGAGGCCGCGAUGGCCGCAUUCUCCGCGGCCGCGGCCGCCAUUGCUUCACGCGCCGACGGCAGCGGCGGCGGCGAAAGCAGAGGAGGAGGAGGAGGAGGAGGAGGAGGAGGAGGAAAAGGAGGGGUCGCGUCGAGCGGGGAAGACGGGCUGGUCCGGGCCUCGGACUUUGCGAUCGCGAUGUCCAAGGUUGGGCCUUCGAUCGUCCGAGGGCAGCAGCUGGAACUGGACCCCGUCGGCUGGGCCGACAUCGGCGGCUACGAAACCGUCAAGCGGCGGUUACAGCAGGCCGUCGAGUGGCCGCUGCGCCGGGCGGCCGCGUUCGCGCGGCUCGGGCUCGCGGCGCCGCGGGGGGUGCUGCUGCACGGGCCGCCGGGGUGCAGUAAGACGAUGCUCGCGCGCGCAGCGGCGGGCGCGAGCGGCGCCACGUUCCUGCCGCUGUCCUGCGCCCAGGCCGCGUCGCGGGCGCGGCUCGACGCAUCCCGCCCGCCCGAUGCGUCGAGCCGCACCCCAGCGGUGCAGCCUGAGUGCUUCGAGGGCGCGCGGGCGAGCGGCACGUGGGUGGCCGCGUUUGCUCUGUACUCCAUGUAUGUGGGCGAGGGCGAGGAGGCCCUCCGCGACACCUUCGAGCGCGCCCGCAUGGCCGCCCCCGCCAUCGUCUUCCUGGACGAAGCAGACGCCAUCGCCCCCGGCCGCGGGGCCAGCGGGGGCGCGGACAGCGGCGGCGGCGGCGGCGGCGCGCCGGGGGUGGCGGCGCGGCUGCUGUCGACGUUGCUGACUGAGCUGGACGGCCUCGAGGCCUCGCCGGGUGCGCCCUGGGGAUGUUUUGGGACCCUGCCUUCCUCCAACUUGUGUGGAUAA